CUGUAGAUGCAGGUCAGUUGGAGUCAGACUCCUGGAGGCUGAGCAGCUUCCAGAGAAGAAGAAGAGGAGGAGGAGGAUUAAUUUGUGUUUUUAUUUGGAGCGGCUGAUGUUUGACAGUCUGAUGAUCUGGAUUUAAUCUGAACAUGAAGAAGACGUGGAACUGGGUGAAGAUGAUGAUGAAGAUGAUGAUCAUGAUGACGAUGUUCUCCUGCUCAGGUGUUCUUGGGGCCUCGGAGCUCGCCUUCCUCAAGGAGCCCAGUGAUGUCAUCGCAGUAAGGGACCGCCCCCUAAUGCUGGACUGUCAGGUGGAGGGGGAGGGGCCAAUUUCCAUCACCUGGAGACGGAACGGCGUUCCGGUGGCGGCCAGCGUCCGGUCCAAGGUGAUGGAGAACGGAACUCUGCUCAUCAGGAACUUCUCCAAGAGACGAGAGUCCAACGAGACGGACGCUGGAGAAUACGACUGCGCCGCCCAGAACCGCUACGGCAUGUUGAUCAGCCGCAAGGCCCGCGUGCAGCUAGCAUCCCUCCCUAAGUUCCUGUCACACCCAGAGUCAGUGGCUGUGGAUGAAGGGGGCGUGGCCAGACUUACCUGUCAGGUGAAUGGGAUUCCAGAGGCCAGCAUCACGUGGCAGAGAGACCGACGCCCGUUAAGCAUCGACGACCCGAGGUACACUUUACUUCCCAACGGCGUGCUGCAGAUCACUGGUGUCCGGCGGACUGACGCUGGUUUGUUUCGCUGCAUGGCCUCAAACAUCGCUAACACUCGCUACAGCCAUGAGGCCCAGCUGUCCGUCACUGUUGCAGGAUCAAGGAUCUACCAGGAACCCGUCAUCCUGUCCGGGCCCCAGAACCUGACCAUCAACGUCCACCAGACAGCCAUCUUGGAAUGCAUCGCCACGGGAAACCCCCGCCCCAUUGUGUCCUGGAGUCGCCUUGAUGGUCGGUCCAUCGGGGUGGAAGGGAUCCAGGUUCUGGGAACUGGGAACCUGAUGAUCUCUGAUGCGACUCUGCAGCAUUCAGGAGUUUAUGUUUGUUCAGCCAAUCGCCCGGGAAGUAGAGCCAGGAGGACGGCGCUGGGACGCCUGGUGGUCCAAGCUCCCCCAGAGUUCGUCCAGUGGCCUCAGUCUGUCUCCAGACCACCAGGGGGCAGCGCUGUCUUCAGCUGCACAGCCUCUGGCGUCCCUGAACCGCACCUCAUCUGGCUGAAGAACGGGAAACUGCUGAGUCCUGGAGGCAACGUGAAGCUGACCAACGGGAACACGACCCUCGCCAUCACCAGGAUCGUCCCCCACGAUGAGGCCAUCUACCAGUGCAUCGCUGAGAACAGCGCCGGCACCAACCAGGCCAGCGCCCGUCUCUCCAUCAGCCAGGGGCCCGAACUGCCAGAGGCCCCCGCUGGGCUCCGGGCCUCGGCCCUCAGCUCCAGCAGCCUCCAGCUGACCUGGGACCGGCCGACGGAGGACGGCGGCGAGUCCAUCAUCGGAUACGUCCUGCACAUCAGACGUCUGGGGGAGCCAGACAGCGCUGAGCUGCAGGAGGCCGUCAGUAAAACCACCUUCAGACACGAGUUCAACAACCUGGAAGCUGCCACCACCUACUCCAUCUACCUGAAGGCCUACUCUGCUCUGGGGGGCAGCCAGCAGUCCAACACCAUCAGCUCCACCACGCUGGGCGGAGUUCCCAGUCCUCCCAGUUUCUUCACCAAGGUGCUGAACCAGACGGCCAUGCAGGUGUACUGGGAACUGCCAGGUAAACCGGGAGCGCUGGAGGGUUUCAGGCUGGAGUACCACGGAGUUUCCAACCCAGAUGAACGGGGGCAGGAGACCUUCCCUGGACACAUCAACACCCACACCUUCUCCCACCUGGAGCCGGCGUCGGUGUAUGAGAUCCAGUUGGUGGCUUUUAACGGUAAUGGAGACAGUCCAUCUACCCGACGUCUGGUGUCUCUGGCCGAGGGAGGAAACUCUGCAGCAGCUGGGCCGAGCUGUAACUGUGACCAAUCUGAAGCUUCGAUGUCGACUCUACUCGUCGGCCUCCACAGCGGCUUCGCCUGCAUCCUCUGCUGCUUCCUCUUCAUCCUGCUGGGAUACCGACGCAGUAUAUUCUGCAGGAAGUCCUCUCACUGGGAGGCUCCGCCCACCAUGGAUACUGUCCGAGGCCAUAAAGGCCAACCAGAGGUAUUGGAGCUGAGCCAGAGGUGUGACUCCGCCCCUCCUCCAGUCAUGGUCAUGGUUGAACCAACUCCACUCAACCAACCAGGCACCGGAUAAAACAGCCCCACUUCCUCCUCCACCUCCUCCUCCACCUCCUCUUCCUCUUCCUCCUCUUCUUCCUCUUCCUCUUCCUCUUCCCCUUCCUCUUCCUCCUCCUCCUCCUCCUCUUCCUCUUCCUCUUCCUCCUCCUCUUCCCCUUCCUCUUCCUCCUCCUCUUCCUCCUCCUCUUCCUCCUCCUCUUCCUCUUCCUCCUCUUCCUCCUCUUCCUCUUCCUCUUCCUCCUCCUCCUCUUCUUCCUUACAGCCUUUAAUUACUGAUGAACCCUAACCCAGAGGUGUUUGAGGACCCAGUUCCUGAAGUUUGUGUUCAAACUGGAACAAAAGCUUCUGAUUCGUCACAUGACCUCACAACCUUGUGACCUUGUCUGGUUGUUUCCUGUUGAAACCAAAAGAGUUCAGUCAUUUUAUUUCAUUGCCAACGGUGCCGAAUUUUCACUGGUCUGACCAGAGACUAAAGACCAGGUCUUAAGAGGGUUCACCAUGGGUCUGAUGGAGGAUCCAGAACCAAAAGGGGGUAUCUUAGGUCUCUGGUCCCAGUGGAGAUUCUUCUUCUGCUGUUUUAGAGUUUGUUCCUUUCACCAAGUUGGCCUAAAUUCAGAAAGUUCAGAAAGUUUAGGAAGUUGAUAGUCAAACCCCCCCCCCCAAUUUGCCCCCUCUCCAAAGAGAUCUACCUCAGACUUGUCGCCUCCUGCUGCUCGUUGACCUGAACCUCCACGUCCUCCUGCUUUGUUUGAACCUGAGUUUACCUUUGACCCUUUGGACUGUUUGUCUGAAUUUGUCCCACUGAGACCGGAUCCUGAUCCAGGUCCAGGACCUCCAGAGGAUCCUGGUCCUCCACAAACAAAGCAAUGGACUCGAGUCCUGACGUCUCCGUGUCUCGUGAUGUUUAUUGUGGUGGUCACUGGUGUCUUAAUGAUUGAAUAAUGUUCUGUAGUUUCAGCCAAAAAUACUUUAAAAGAAGCUGAACGUCGUCCAAAGAGAAAGAGUUGUUCACCACUUCAUGUUUGUUUUCACUCUGCUUCCUGGUCGAGAGUCGAAGAACAAACACAACCAAAAGAAUUUCUAUUUUCAUACAUGUCAGGAUGAGUUUGAAUGACCAAAUAAAUGAGUGACAGGAACACGACGACCAAGAGCUCAGAAAUAAUUCAGUAGUUUGUCCUGAGAUGUUUUAAAGUCUGUGACUUCAGUUUGUUUGGUUUGAAGGAGACGCGUCGACUCUGAGGACGAUUCAUCCACGACCCUAAUAUUAAAUCUAAAUAUUAAAUCUAAAAAUUAAGUCUAAAGAUUAAACCUAACGAUUAAAUCUAAAGAUUAAGACUAAAGACUCGUGUCCUCGUGUCCUGAAGUCGUCCUCGGGGUCGAAGGACGUCGCUGCCUUCAUGAUACUUUUGGUCGUGAUUUUUCUAGAACUUUUUUCUUCUAGUUGUUAUUUUUCUGUCGCUGCCAAAAUGAAUUUAAAUUUCUUUUUCUAAUAAUAAUAAUAAUAAUAAUGUUUUCCUACUUUUUCUUUUUUUCUGUAGCUGAAUGAUGUAAAAUGUUUGUAGAAGCUGGAUGAAGCUCUUCAGUAGAAACUAAAACUAAGACAUAGUUUAGAAAGUUGACGCUAGAACCAAUGAGAACAGUGAUGCUUUAAUGUGACUGAUGUCUUUUCUCUGUUGCCAUGAAAUAAAAACACCCAGAGCUUUAAACUGCUUCUAACCUGUACAAAGCAUCAACAUGUCUGAACUGGACCUGUUGGUUUUUGAAUAUUUCUGCUCUGAUGUUGAGACAAAUAAAAACCAAAUAAAACUG